AUGUCUGAAAAAUCUGAGUUAAAGGCUGUGUGUCGCUGUUGUCAUACUCAAGAUAUGCUUAAAGCUUUUAACAGAUUACAUGAAAAUAAUGAAAUUAUAGAAAUUUAUUCAGAGAUGUUACACGAGACCUUCGGUUUAACACUCCAGAAUACUCCUGCGACCGGACAGUAUACAAUAUGUAAGACCUGCAUAUUACAGCUGGAAGCUGCUAAUCAGUUCAAAAAACAAGUGGAGCAAUGUGAAGCAAAGCUUGGAGUGUGUCAAAAGAACAGCUUCAAUUGUAAGGUGAAUGAAUCGGAAAUGGUAAAACUUGAACCGGGGAAAUGUGAGGAAGAUGAGGAUUUAGGAAGUGAGUAA